AUGACUAUUCCCCCAUUUAGACUUAUCUCUCGACUCGUCCUUAACCUCCGAAUUAUCUCUCACCGCCGUCCUCUUGUUGGAGGAACUACAGGAACGGCGACAUUUGACCCUAGACGAUCAUCCAGACCUAGUAGAGCAACUGAACUCCCAACCUUACACCGAGUCCAGACCAAUAUCAGCGAUAUCGACCUGCAGUUUAUGAAUAGCAGAGCUUAUGAUAAAGGAAGUACCAUACACAACGACACCGAUGACGACCAGACCUGGCGGCU